GUUCCCAUAAUGGCCAACUAGAUGCCUUCAAGAUGCCCCAAGCAACCGCCUCUUUAUGUCUCCCAGAAAUCGAUGCCUUACUUCCAGUGCAGGUCACUCAUACUUUUGUGAUCUACUGUACAGCUGUUGAUAACCUUGUUCUCUACUGAAUAACUAUCCUCUUUUACUUUUAUCUCCACUGUUGUGCCCUCUAUACUUUUCAGUAUCCAAACCCAGAAGUUACCAUCUGCUGUCUAUACCACCUUCUUUACGUGAAAGCUCUGGAGAACAGUAAUAUGAAGCUGGAGAAAAGAGAGAGGGAGGGAAAGGCUACAUCCUUCCCACCAUGAAAGUCUGUGCAAACGAUAUCUUACCUUCCUGGAUUCAACUAGUAAGAGAUAAGACCGCAACAGAUAUGUUACUUUGAUGAUUAACUUCCUUGUUUUGUUUUUAAUUUGCAGAAACUUAAAUUCCCCUGUUAUGUUUGGAUGAGGUCUGGAGUUCUGUCAUCCAUGCUUAUCCUCAGUUUACUAAACGCAGUGGCCAUUUCAGGCUUUAAUACAGGUUCCCCGAAGUUAGAUUUCUAGUCUCCAACUUCAGACUGUGGAGCUUAUGCUUGAAUUGAUUGCAGUAGGAAAGUGUUAAUUUCAUUGGGUUCAUAUGGAAGCUGUAUGAGUGUUCCCCCAUAUAUAAACAGACAUAUAGUCCUUUUCCCUGUUCUUCAACCUCCUUGUCAGGGCCCUUUGGAGAAGGCGGAGACAUCACUUGGGUGUCUGCUUUUUUUUUUUUGGUCCCCUCCCUGUUUCUCUUCGGUCUCCUCUGUCAUCAACAGGCUGGGAUCUUUUAAGAGGGCUCAGUUGAACAGAUCAGCAGCCAGAAGUGGGAACACUUUCUCCAAGAGAGAGUACCAAAUAAAGACUUGCAAAGAUACUGGUGGCCACAGCUCUCAAUCAGGAGCAAUAAGGAGCCUAAGAACAUACCCAGACUACAAAGGAAGUGCAAUCUCACUGAGAACAAGCUGUAUCUCUAACCUCAAAUUGGCUAACUUUCCAGCCCUUUCAUGAUUGACAAAAGCUACUUUGAACUUCAGUUCCAUUGCUUUACAUUCUCCAUUACCUCAUUUUCUUCUGAACUUCAAAAACAAGGCAGGAUAUUGUUCUAUGGAAAGGGGAUUUUUCUGAUCAACUUAUUAAGAGCAUCAUUUCAACUGAUAAAAUUGGGAUAAUCCAAAAGAGAGAAAUAUUGGGUUUUAUCGUUUGCAGAAGAAAGUUCUAAGAGAAGACAAUGGAUUACUCCAGUCAGGAUUCUGCCCCACAAUACAUAGAGUCCUCUCAUUUGCAAGGAAAUGACGAUUCAGACCUUUUCUUUGCGAGUCCUGAGGGAGUUGAUUGCAAUGCUGUGCCCACAUAUUUCUCUCGUAUGCCCGAAACCUACAGACACUCUCCAGUGCGGCAAUUAUACCCUCUUCUCAAUGGUUUGCAAUGGGGGGACAGCCAUCCCUACAGCACAGCAGCCUGGGUCUCCAGUACCUCUGGGAAAACCCACACUGGACUUCCCAUCUACACCUCUGCCACGUCCUCCUACCACACCCUGCAUUCACCACCCUCUCCCAAGGACCUUUCCCCGGAUGGCAAGAGCAGCCCCAGAUAUUUGGAGAUGUUGAAGACAGAACGGAUCAGUCCCACUCAUGCUGAACUGAUGCCCCUCGGGACCUCGACUGGCACAGCCCUAAGUCCUUACACUAUGGGACAGGAGUAUGGAUAUUUCCCGAUGCCUGGAAGCCCCCUGUCAGCUGGAUAUUCCCCCAAACUCCGAGGGACAAUGCAGCUCUCCCCCAGUGAGGCACGUGAGUGUGUGAAUUGUGGAGCCACAGCCACCCCACUGUGGAGAAGAGAUGGCACUGGCCACUAUCUUUGCAAUGCCUGUGGGCUCUACCACAAGAUGAAUGGCCAGAACCGGCCCCUCAUUCGGCCCAAGAAACGCCUGAUUGUCAGCAAGCGAGCUGGAACCCAGUGUAGUAAUUGCCAAACUACGACCACAACUCUUUGGCGCCGCAACAUGAAUGGAGAACCCGUAUGCAAUGCCUGUGGCCUCUAUUACAAACUGCACAAUGUGAAUCGCCCCUUGGCAAUGCGCAAAGAUGGGAUCCAAACACGGAACCGCAAGGUCUCUUCCGCCAAAUCGAAAAAGCGCAAAGGAAAUCCUGGGGAAACCACAAUCCCCGCAAACACACCCUUGGAGAUGAUGCCCUCUUCCUUGAUGGGGGAAGAAGCUGCUGCCCUCUAUCCUCUCAGCCCCAUGAUGCUACCAGGACAUUUGCUCCCCUUUGGGGCCAAUCCACACUUUCUAGGAUCUCCAGCAAGUUUUCCUUCACAGGCUUCCCCUGUCCCACAUGGUUCCCCAGGUAUGGUCUCCGCUCUGGUGUAAACAGCCUUGUAGCCUGUGCUCGCACACACACACUUUUAUGUACAGAGACUUUGGGAACGUCAGUAGGGAGAAGAAUCUCCUAAACAAGGAUAACCUUUUGGCAUAACUCCAUUAACAGUUUGGCCCCUUGAAAAUGGUCCCUGGGGGUGAGAACUGAGAUUCCCCCAGGUUAUCAGAGCAGAGAGAAAGUAACAGUGGGGUAAUUCAUAUAAAUAAUGGAAGAGCUGGUGAUAAAGGGGAAAAACUCUUUUCUGUGAAGGGAUCCUUUUGAAGGGCCAGGAUGGAAUGUGGAAAGCUUCCUUCGGGGAGAAAACAAUUGCUGACUAUUAAAAAAAAAAAAACAUGAGGGGAAAAAAUUAUGCUCACAUUCUGGUUCCCAGGAUCAAUACUUUUAUGUGUGAAAGUUUUAAUUAUUUGUUAGUUUCUUAAUCCGGAAAGUCCUCAAAGUUUUGCCAUUUUAUUAUACCCCUUCAUCAACUGUUCAUGCCAAUUUGAAUGCAGACUGAAGUAAGGUAAUAAUGCUCUAAUAAUCCAACUUGCUACCCCCCUCCAAUCUGUAAAUAACCAGUUCCAUGACUAUUUUCUUUCCUAUCCACUCUGCAAGAUAUGCAUUGUAACCCAGAUGAGUAUUUCUGACCCCAGAAACAAUCUGUACCUGCUUCGCCUUACAACUAAGUAUUUCUUGACACAUGACAUUUGUGAAAGCACUGUGGAUGUGAGUGGAUGUUUCACCCUGACUGCAUGGCUAUAGAUCUAUCCUAAGAAUUUCUCCACCAUCAGCUCCACUAUUGUCACCACUUGGCUCAUUGAAUUGGUCCAUCAUCAGCAGGAAGCAUCAUUUUGAACACCACCAUUGACUUCAUAUUUGAAAGGCUGACAGAUACAGAACUCCAAUCUGUUGCUUGUGAAAAUUAGGGUCUUAUUGACUCCAGUUGCCACCUGAUGGAGAACUGAUUCUGCCUUUUUCAUUUAGACAUUCACUUUGGUUCUAGUUUAAUUUCCUUCUAUAUGAUCAAGCCUGUGAUACUUUACAUAUGUGACAAAUCUUGGACAUUGUAGAAAGACCAUUUUGAAGGAACAUCCUCCCAAAGGUUAAAGCCUAUUUGUCCUCACAAUUUUUGUUCCAAGGACUCGCUUCUCAAAUGCACGUUUUGUGCAUCAGCAGUGUGUUUUCUCCCUUCUUUAUUUGAAAUAGGGCUCCACUUUAAAACUGCUUAUCCCAGCGAUAGUUCUGAACCAAGAAAUGGUCUGGUUAUUUUUUUGUAGCCCUUUUUAAAAGGUGCUCCAGUGAUAUGUUUUGAAUCUAUGAAGAAGGAAACAUUUCUUAAUUGUUUAAACAUAACUAAUCUGAAUAAUAGCUCUUUCUUUUUAGCCCAUUUCCUACCAAUGGGAAAAAUAUAUGCUUUCUUUGUGAAUAGAAAAUUCACUUAGAUAAACUAGACCAAAGCUUGCUCAGGAUUAUUUGCAAGAAUCUUAACUCCCAACAGUUAGCUGGCAACUAUGUGAUCCCCUCAAAUUCUCCUAUAGAGUCAUUUCUUUCUUUCUUUCUUUCUUUCUUUCUUUCUUUCUUUCUUUCUUUCUUUCUUUUUCUUUCUUUCUUUCUUUUUUCCUUUCUCUUUUUCUUUUUCUUCCUUCCUUCCUUCCUUUCUUUUCUUCCUUCCUUCCUUCCUUCCUUCCUUCCUUCCUUCCUUCCUUCCUUCCUUUCCUUUUCUUUCUAUGUCUUUGCUUUCAUCUUUUUCUUAUCAUGCCAGCCCAUUCAUAAACACAUCUGUCCAAUAUCACUAUAUUCUUCCCUUGAAUGAGUUAUUUUUACUGUACUCUCACCUCUGAAACACUGCAGUAGAGGAAAAGAGAGGACAUAAUCGUGUUAUGGUAAAGAUACUUACAGGAUUUGUCUUUUUUAUAUAUACUCUAAUCUCUUUGCCAGAUUUACAUAUUUGCUGGGUUUAUAUAUUUCUAUGGAGUUUCCCUUAUAUAUUAACAACAGAGGGAAAAGGUUGAAAUGCAUUUUCUUCAGAGGCGACUUCAACAUGACAUGAAGAAAGUUCCCCCAAAGAAUGACCAUUUUCGCUUAAGUGUCUUUGAAAAUUAUUUGUACCAUUAAAUGUAUGUUUUAAAUGAAAUCUCAUGAGGAAA